AUGGAUCAUGACAAGGAUAACCUAGCCACAAAGAAGGUCAGAAACAGAGAUGUAACGGACGCAUUAAAUCAAGUGGAAACAGGGGACUCACCCAAAACUUCUCAGAUAGUCAGAGAGCCCUGCUCAUUCAAAGAUUCCCUAAUUCAGGGGCAGCAGCUCCAGAACUCCAAAGGUUUUCAUCUAGAGGAGGUAACUGCAGAGCCAGAAGAUACCACUUAUACUGUGAUUAAUGGUAUGCCGUCAAUUAUCUUUGCUGAUCGAGUCAAACAGAAAAUGGAGAAAGCAAUGGCCUGUUCAAUAGUGGUCAGACCCUUGGGUAGAAAUUUCAGUAUUUUGGCAAUCAAUAAGCGGGUCAUGAAUCUCUUACAACCAAAAGGUGAUAUACACUUGGUUGAUUUGAUUGACGGGUAUCAUAUAAUCUGGCUCACUCAUGAAGAGGACUAUUAUAAUGCACUCCUCAAUGGUCCAUGGUCUAUUGUGGACCAUUACAUCACUGUUCUUCUAUGGAAAUUGGAUUUUGAUACAAAAGCGGAUAACAUUUUGGCUAUUGCAGCUUGGAUUGGGAAGUACCUGAAAGUUGAUGGAAACGCUCUCCUCACAGAAAGGGGAAGAUACGUGACAAUAGCGGUUGAAUUGGACCUCACUAAACCGCUGGUCGAAAAAGUCAAUGUAGACGGCAAGGCUCUUACAGUUGAAUACGAGGAUAUCCGUAGAAUAUGCUUCACCUGCGGCAAGUAUAGCCACACCAAGGAUGAAUGCUCCAUACCGUGA